AUGAAAUUAUCACAAAUAAAUCAAUAUUAUGCCAAUCGAUCGGUGCUUAUCACUGGUGGCACUGGUUUUGUUGGAAAAGUGUUGUGCGAGAAACUGAUCCGUUCGUGUCCUCAGAUAAAUACAGUCUAUGUAUUGUUGAGACCAAAGUCUAAUCUAUCGGCAGAUGAAAGACUCGAUAAAGAAAUCAUUAAUUCAAAUCUAUUUAUUAAUAGCAUUAACAUAGACUGUCUGAAAGUUGACAAAUUGGUUGCCAUCGCCAGUGAUAUCUGUGAACCUGGUUUGGGAUUGUCUGAUAAUGACAAAGAGCUUCUUAUAAGCAAAGUAUCGGUCGUUUUUCAUUUGGCCGCUUCAAUCAAUUUUGUCGGACCGGUCGACAGUUUUAUCAAACAAAACGUGUUGGCAACUAAUGAAGUAAUGAAAUUGUGCGAUAAAAUGACAAAACUAGAGACAAUUGUUUAUGUAUCGACAGCUUAUAGCAAUUGUAAUGUUAAAGAUAUCGCUGAAAGUGUUUACAAAUUAAAACACAACGCUUUGGACACAAUCGCCGCAAUCAAUUCAAUCGGUGAAAGUCAAGGCUUCUCCAGUGAGACGUCAGCCAUGAGUGAGCUGAUGGACGACAGGCCUAAUCCCUAUACGUUUAGCAAAGCUAUUGCAGAGAAUCUAAUAUCUGAACAGUACUCGCAUUUGCCGGUUGUCAUCGUUAGGCCAUCUAUUGUAACACCAGUUUUCAAAGAGCCGAUUCCUGGUUGGAUUGAUAAUUUUAAUGGUAUUAUCAUGCUAACUUUUUUGUCAACAUUGGGUAUUGUACGCAUUUGUGAAUUUUUAAUUGAUGGAAAAUGUGAUAUAAUUCCAGUCGACAUAUUAGCUAAUAGUUUAGUUGUUACGGCAUGGCAUACGGCAAGUCAUCCCAAUGAUCGAUAUCGGGUCAUCAAUUUGACCAGCGGUGCACUCAAUCCGAUAACAUGGAAACAAUUAGUUAAUUAUUUAAUGUCGGCAAUAAUGUCGGCGCCAUCUAUUCAAAUGGUCAGACCAGCAAACUACACAAUGUGUAAACCAAUUGCUAGCAAAAUAGAUGGCAUAAAAUUUAGAUUAAAACGGUUUGUAUCGGAAACAUUAUUUGCCUAUUUUGUUGAUAUUAUGCAGGCGUUAAUCGGUGGCAAAUGGUCACUGAUUAAACUGGUUAAUAAAUUACAUUUAACGUUAAAAGUCUAUAAAUAUUUUAUGAUCAAUGAAUGGACUUUCCAUAGUAACAACUAUUAUAACAUUUAUAACCAACUGUCCCGUGAAGAUCAGCUCAUCUAUUAUUCGGAUGUCCGACAAAUUGAAUGGAAAGACUAUAUAUGUUGUCUAUACUUUGGUUUUCGUAAAUAUCAGCUCAGAGAGGAUGACUCUAAUAUAGACAGAGCCCGCAAAAGAGCACUAAUCAUAACAAUAGCAUUUCAAAUAUAA